UUUCGUUUGUGAAGCUGUGUGAAUCUCUCAGUAAAAAUGUUGCCGGAGUUGCGAAUUGUGUUGAUUUUACUUUCCAUUUUUUAUUGUUGUGCGGGAGAUAAAAUAUACGAUGAAGCAGUAAGAAAUACGGAUAAAUAUAUGAUUAAAGAUAAAGAAUUAUACAAAACAAGGAAUUGUCCACCCUCAAAUUAUAUGUAUUCGUUUGCACUUGAAGUUUUUGGACCAACACCCGAAAAUAGGGAUGCAGAAAUUUUGGUGGAGUACCAGCGAUUACUGAAAAGAUACGAUCAAUGCAAGAACGAAACAUUUCAACAUUGCUUGCGUAAAUCGGGAAAAGACAUUCCAAAAAAAGAUAAAUGUUUAAUUUUCGAUGGUGUUUGUGAUUGCAAUGAAAAAUACAGUAAACUCGAUGGAUCUUGUAAUAAUUUGCAAAAUCCUAAUAUGGGACAGUCCAGAACGACAUACAGUCGAAUACUUGGACCAGUAUAUGCAAAUGGUAUAAAUGAAAUUCGACGAACAGAGAGUGGUCAUGAGUUACCAAAUCCACGAAUGAUCGGAAAUUUAAUAGCAAAAGUACCAUUGCAAAAUGAGAAUGAUACUUAUGAAAUACCAAAUGUUUGUGGCUUAUUGUUGACACAACUGGCCGCACAUGAUACAAGCAGCCGAAAAGUUGUAACCAUGGAAGGCAAUAACAGUUACGGAAUAAGUUGCUGUAAAGCAGAUUACAGUGGUCCUGAACCUCGGUCCAAACGUAUUCGUGGUUGCAUACCAAUCGAGAUACCGAAAAAUGAUCCAUUUUAUGGUCCAUGUAAAAUUCGUUGUCAAAAUUAUGCUCGAAUGGAACCGACACUUCAAAACAAUUGUGCAAUGGGUUAUGAACAUGCAAAUUAUGCAACCUCAUUCUUGGAUUUGGAUGUUAUAUAUUCAACAUCACAUUCAGAAAUGCAACAAAUGCGUGCACAUUGUGGUGGACGCAUCAAGAUGUGCUCGGAUAAUCUUCUGCCGGAAAAAGAUGGUCAAUUGUUUGCAGGAGACUUUCGUUAUAAUCAAACACCCUUUCUUGCUAUCAUACAUUCACUUUUCUAUCGUCUGCAUAAUAACAUCGCCAAAGCAUUAGAAAAACUCAACUCAUGUUGGGAUGAUGAUAAAUUAUUUUUCGAAAGUAGACGUAUUACGAUUGCAUUCUAUCAACAUAUUAUCUAUAACGAAUGGUUGCCGCUGGUUUUAGGCAAAGAACGAUGGUUUUCUUACAAGCUGAACACUGCAUCACAUUGUGAUAAAUAUAAUCGUCACGUCAAUCCAACGACACUGAUCGAGUAUGCGCACAAUUCCAUGAGAUGGUUCCAUAUGAAUGUUCCGUCAAAAAUGGAUUUAGUGAACUGUGAUGGUAAACUGGAGGAGAGGAUACCGUUAUCUGAUACAUAUUUAAAACUUGAUUUAUUUAAACACAAGUACAAUGAAUGUUUGGGCGGUAUGUUGAAACAAAAGCAAAGAAUGUAUAAAGUGGGCUACACAAAUCAGUUAAGGAACUUAGCCUUCAAGCGGCCAUGGCAUGGCAAAGAGGUUGGCGUUGAUAUAUUCGCUAUUGAUGUUAUGCGGGCUCGAGAUUGUGGAUCUGCUCCAUAUAUCGCCUACUUUCCAAAGUGUGCGUCAGUGGAAAUUACAUGCUGGGACGAUCUUAAAAAGUAUUUUGAUCCAAAUAAUUUGUUGACCCUGCAAACACUGUAUGCUAAACCGUGUGAUAUUGAAUUAUAUAUUGGAAUGCUUUGGGAGAAGAAAAACGGAAAUGAAAUGGGAACAAUUGCGGGAUGUCUUAUUGCAGAGCAAUUUAAGAACUUUAAGUCCGGUGAUCGAUUUUUCUACUCACACUGCGAUAAUCCGCACAAAUUCUCAAAAGAUCAAUUGGACGCGAUAAAAAAGAUGACAUUUUCUACGCUUAUUCGCAUGACAACAGAUCUUAAAAAAGUUCCACAAAACGGUUUCAUUUCAAUUUCAAGAAAAAAUCCAUACAUCGAAUGCCACAAAAUAAAACCAAUCGAUUUUUCGUCUUUCAAAGAUCGAUCAUGUCAUUCUUCGUCUCAUUCAAAAUGUCAUUGUAGCUCACCAUCAUCAUCGUCAUCGUCAUCAUCAUCAUCAUCAUCAUCAUCGUCAUCGUCAUCAUCAUCAUCAUCGUCAUCGUCAUCGUCAUCGUGUGGAUACAAUUCAACUUUAAUUGUGAUGCUGUAUCUCUCAGUAAAAAUGUUCUCCGUGUUAAAAAUCAUUUUGAGUUUAUUCAUAAUUUGUUAUUAUUGUUCCGGAGAUGAGAACUUGGAAAAGGCAAAGAAAAAUGUGGCAAAUCAAAAUGCAAAAAAUGAAGAAUUGUACAAAAAACAUAAUAUUGGACCAUCAGAUUAUAUGUUUCUUUUUGCGCUAGAAGUUUUUGCACCAACUCCAGAAAAUGAGAAAGCAAAAAUUUUAUUAGAAUAUCAACACAUCGUAAAAAGGGACGGCCGAUGCAAGAAACAAACAUUUAAAGAUUGUUUGCGUAAAUUGGCAAAACACCUUCGAAGAAAAGAUAAGUGUCCGAUUCAGCAUGAAUGUGAUCCAAAAGAAAAAUACAGUCGAGUUGAUGGGACUUGCAAUAACUUGCAAUUUCCGAAUCGGGGAGGUGCUUCAACAUCUUACAAUCGUUUACUUACACCAAUUUAUCCCGACGGCAUAAACGAAAUUCCACGAGCUGUAUCGGGUGAAGACUUGCCAAAUCCGAGAAUAAUGGGAAAUUUAUUAUCGAAAGCAGAUAAAUUCAAAGAAGACACUCAUACUUGUGGUGAUCAUAUAAAUAAUUUUUGUAGUGUCAUAUUUUGCCAAUUAGUCGCACACGAUAUAGGCAGCCGAAAAGUGGUGACCAUGUUAGGAAAUAGUAGCAAUGGCAUUAGUUGCUGCAAAAAAGAUUAUAGUGAUCGUCUACCGCCACAUGAAAGUAAUCCUAGUUGUAUACCGUUUUCAUUGCCAAAGAAUGAUCCAUAUUAUGGUCCGAAAGAUAUCCGGUGUCAAAGUUUUGUGCGAAUGCAAACGUCACCACAUACUAAUUGUACAGUUUCUUUUGAACAGGAAAAUGAGUCCACGUCGUACUUGGAUAUGGAUAUUAUUUAUUCAGUAACUAAUGAAGAACUGCAAAAAAUGCGUGCUAAUCAUAGUGGUCUCUUCAAUUUGAGUCCAGGGAAUAUUCUACCAAUAGUAAAUGGCAAUUUAACUGCAGGAAAUUUCCGUUUUAAACAAACCACCAUUCUCGCUAUCAUUCAUUCACUCUUAUAUCGUUUGCACAAUUUCAUUGCCGAAUUAUUGGCAGCAAUCAAUCCGUGUUGGAAUGAUGAUAAAUUAUUUUUCGAAAGUAGGCGCAUUUCAACUGCAUGCUAUCAGCAUAUAAUCUACGUUGAAUGGUUGCCACUGGUUUUAGGUAAAGAACGUGCUCGCUCCUUCAAGCUGUAUACUGAAAUAAAUUCCGAUGAAUAUAAUCCGCGCAUCGACUCAACAACAACGAACGAGUUUACACACUGUGCUUUCAGAUGGUUUCAUAUGAAAGUUCCGACAGACAUUUUUGAAGUGGACGAUAACGGUAAGCUAACGGGCAAGAGAAAGUUAUCUGAUACAUAUUUGAAUCUUGAUUUACUUGAACCCAAUUACAAUCCACUUUUGAGUGGUAUGUUGAAUCAAGAACAAAGAAUGUAUGAAGUUGGUUAUACAGAUGAGAUCAGGAACAAAUUCUUACAGAAUACAUUUCGCGGUGAAAAGGUUGGCUCCGACCUAUUAUCUUUUGAUAUUUUACGAAAUCGAGAUUGUGCCGUUGCUCCCUAUAUUGAGUAUUUUCCGAUGUGUUUGUCAAAAAAAAUCAAAUGUUGGGAUGAUCUUAAGCCAUAUUUUGAGGAAGAACAUUUGAAAUUGCUGAUGGAAAUAUAUGAAAAUAUCAAAGAUAUUGAUUUAUUGAUUGGAAUCCAUUUGGAGAAACCAUGCGGAAAUGAAAUGGGAGUGAUUGGCGGAUGUAUUGCUGCAGAGCAGUUUAAACGCUAUAAAUUCGGCGAUCGAUUUUUCUACUCACAUCGCAAUAAUCCAUAUAAAUUCACAAAAGAUCAACUACAUGCUAUAAAAAAGAUGACAUUUUCGAGACUGAUUUGCAUGCUGACUGACCUGAAAAUAGUUCCAAAAAGCGGUUUCAUUUCAAUUUCAAAGAAAAAUCCAUACAUCGAAUGUCAUAAAAUAAAACCAAUCGAUUUGUCGUCUUUCAAAGAUCGAUCAUGUCAUCCUUCGUCUCAUUCAAAAUGUCAUUGUUGCUCAUCAUCAUCAUCGUCAUCGUCGUCAUCGUCAUCGUCAUCGUCAUCGUCAUCGUCGUCAUGUAAAUGUUAGUGUCCGUGUAAAGGACAAUUAUGAUUUCUGCUGAUUAAACAUUUUCUUAUUUUCUACACAAUAAAAUCCCCAGAGUAUUGCGCAGUGCUGCUGCCAUCCACAGCAUAUUAAAAUUACUGAGAAUGCAUCGUCCGUCGCAUGCGAAGGUACGUAGCAGUUUUUACAUCACCGCGAACAA